AUGACGGAACCGCAAGCUGACACUGACAGCCGCCCAGCGUGGGCGCGCAUCGGGUUCCCAUCGGGAUGGAGUAGCGACCGAGUCCAGGCACUGAACCUUGGAGAAUUCAGUGAGCUCCCAGAGGAGAUAUUGAUGUUAGCAAAUUUCCCCUUUACUUCCGAUUACACGAAAGUCACAGAGUUCCACUUCGCGCUUUUGGAGGCCAACAAGCGGCCCCCGACGCCUCCGCCGUAUGUCCCGUCUGGGUGGACUGAUAACCGAGCGAGAGGCUUCGAUUUUGAUCUCGUCGAUACGCUGUCGGAACAGUGGCCCCUUUGGCGAAAUAGGGUCAUCGACAAUGAAAGUACCAGGCCCUACGUUAUGGUUGUCGACGUGACAGAGGACGCUGGAGAGCUUUGGGGUAUGGAAGAUGAGGAUGGUUUCUGGAUAGGGGACGAUGAAUGA